AUGGCUUCGCAAUUACACCCCCGGCCCCGGCCGGCCUCGCUGCCCUCGCUCUCGCUCUCCUCACUCCUCACACCGGCCAUCGCCCUCCUCUGGGCCGCAACCCCCUUCGCCCACGCGGCCCCAGCCCUAACCGACGACUCCCAAUGCGGCUGCUACCUGACCAACGACACGGACCACACCUACUUCACCGAGCACCGCUUCUUCGACUUCCGCAAACUCUCCGAGUACGCCCACGUCACCGACGUGAUUGGCGAUUUCGACAGCAGCUCCAGCGCCCCCGUAACCAGCGACUACUUCAAGACUCCCGAGUGGACCGACUUCUGGCUAAUGGGCACAUGGAACAACACCGGCGGCGCGUCCCGUCCAGGAUCCUCAGUCGACAUGGUCAACUCCCCGAAUAACAUCUACAUCUCCCCCAAUGACGAUGAAGACGAAGACUCCGACUUCGACACCUACCUCACCCUGCGCACCCAACGCCUCUCCUCCUUCCAAACCUCCGCCGAAAUCGAAUCCGCCUCCUCCCACUUCAAAUACCUCUCCCUCCGCAUGCUCGCCCGCACCAUCGGUUCCCCCGGCGCCAUAACCGCCAUGUUCACCUACCGCGGCGCGACCUCCCUAGCCCAAGUCCAAGAAUCCGACCUCGAGAUCCGCACCUCCGACCCGCGCAAUCUCCUCCACUACACCAACCAACCGGCCUACACCGACGCCGGCGCCGUCAUCCCCGACGCCACGCGCAACGCUACCAUGCCCGAUGGGCGCGACUGGUCGAGUUGGGCGGUGCAUCGGUUGGAUUGGACUCCCGGGUUGACGACGUGGUAUGUGGAUGAUGAGGAGGUGGCGUCGAUUGCGUUUCAGGCGCCGAGGGAUGAGAGUACGGUUAUUUUGAACGCGUGGAGUGAUGGGGGUGGAUGGACGGGGAAUAUGACGGUGUUUGAUGCGGCGUUUUUGCAGGUGCAGUGGUUGGAGGUGGUGUUUAAUAAUUCCGAGACUGUGGCUUCCUCACAAUACAACAAGCGGAAUUUCUUGCAUAGGCGGUAUCCCGCCACCAACGACACAGGUCCGGGGGGCAAUGGCACGGCGAAUGGGACCGUGGCUGGGUGUGUGGCGGUUUGUAGUGUGGACCGCUCGCCGGAGCUUGGGAAGCCCGUGAUGCUGUGGAACAAUGCGGGCGUGCCGGUGAGGAUGCGGGCGACGACGAAUGGGGGGAAGUUGUUGGGGUGGGUGCCUGUUGGGUUGGCGGUGGGGAUGGUGUUGUUUUCCACGGGGUUUUUCGUCUAG